AGGUGCCUCAGCAGCGAACAAGCAGCUAUCAUCUUAUUCCCCCCAACAUGUCUGAGCUGAGGGUUGUCCUGCUGGGGAACAGCUGGUCUCAGAGGAGAGACGUGGGGAACUUCAUACUGGGAGGGGCCGUGUUCAGCACUGAGGAACCAGACUGCUGUGUGAGGGUCAGCGGGCGGUGCAGGUGGAAAGAAAUCGUUCUGAUCAACACUCCAGAUCUGCUGCAUCCAAACAUCUCUGAGGACAAACUGACAGAGUUGAUAGAAACCUGUGUGAGGCUCUCUGAUCCUGGACCUCACGUGUUCCUGCUGGUUCUACAGCCUGAAGACUUCACUGAGGAGCAAAGACUGAGGCUGCAAACAGUCCUGGAAGACUUUGGUGAUCAGUCAUUUGAACACUCGUUGAUAUUGAUAUCAACACCCACAGAGGAACAAUUAGCUUACACAGAAAAUUACAAGCAGCAUCCAGUAUUGAAGCACCUGGUCACCAUGUGCAGAUACAGAUAUUUAAAACAGAAAGAUCUUGAACUUCAGGAACUGUUGACACGCUUCAGUCAGAUUGUGAGAGAGAACAAGGAAAAGCAUGUGAGCUGUGAUUUAUCUGAAACUGGAGCAGAUGGUUCUCAUCAAACCCUGAAACAUCAGCUGUCAGUGCCUGCAAACAUGGAUCCUGCUCGAGCUGCUGCUCGUGGACUCAGGAUUGUGCUGUUUGGGAAAAACGAGGAAGAAAAGACGACACUUGGAAACUUCAUCACAAAGAAAAAUUCUUUUCAGUUCAGAAACAUUUCUCCAGCUAAACACUGUGAAGAUGCUGGUGGAGCGUGGAAAGAAAAACCAGUAACAGUGGUGAAAACUCCCGACAUGUUCAGUCUGUCUGUGCAGGGAGUGAGAGAGGAGAUGAAGAGCUGUGUGAGUCUCUGUCCUCCUGGACCAAACGUUCUGCUGCUGUUGGUCAAACCUUCUGAUUUCACUGAGGAGAACAGACAGACUCUGAAGUUCAUCCUGAGUUUGUUUGGAGAAGAUUCCUUUAAACACUCGAUGAUCAUCAGCACGUACAGACAUCAGUGGAAAGAAACAAGCGCCUCUGUGAACAAGCUCCUUCAGGACUGUGAUGGAAGACACUACAACAUGUUUACCAAUGAGCACAAAGUGUUAAUGGAGAAGAUUGAAGACAUGCUGCAAGAAAACAAAGAAAGCUUCCUCAUCCUCACUGCAGAGAAGACAAAGCAAGAAAAACAAGAGGACUGGGAGAGGAAAGAAAAAGAGUGGCAGGAAAAUCAGUCCAGGGAAAUUGAAAGAAUACGUCAGGAGGAGGAAGAAAAGCAGAAAAAGCUCCAAGAAGAGUUUAAGCAGGAAAGAGAAAAAUAUGAAAUAACAAGAAAAGAAAAUCAAAUCAUUUCAAAACUGGUGCAACAGCAUGAAGAAGAAAUGCAGCAGAAAGAGGAAGCACACAGAAAAGAGUUUAACCUGUUACAGAAAAGCUGGAACCAGAAAGAAAAGGAACUAAAAGAAGAACUGAUGAGAACACAACUGCAACAAGGAAUUAAUGAAAAUAAAAAACAGAUAGCAGCCGUAGAUACAGUGGUGAAGAAGAGCAUGAGGGAGGAAGUUUCCAGUGAGGAAACAUCGGUUUCACUGCCAGUUCCUCGUGUCAAACAUUGUGCACGUGAACUCAGGAUAAUGCUGUUUGGAAAAAGUAAUGACAAGAAAUCAGCCCUGGAAAAGCUCCUCGUUGGGAAAAAAGAGUCUAAAGGUUUUGGAGGAAAGCAAUCUGGUGCUGCCUCUGGAGAGAGGAACAGGAAACCUCCCACAGUUGUAAAAACUCCCAACAUCUUCAGUCUGCCUGUGAAUGAGCUGUUUAAAGAGAUGAAGAGCUGUGUGAGUCUCUGUCCUCCUGGACCAAACGUGCUGCUGCUGUUGGUCAAACCUUCUGAUUUCACUGAGGAGAACAGACAGACUCUGAAUUUGGUCCUGAGCUUGUUUGGUCAAGAUGCUUUUAAUCACUCCAUCGUCAUCCGAACACAUAACGAGGAAGGGAAUAACUCAGUGGAUAAACUCAUUGAAGAAUCCAAACAAAGGCAGCACUUCGUUAAUUUUGACAGGAAAGACUCCUUCUCAGAUUCCUCAGAGUUGAUGGAAGAAAUGAAUGAGAUAGUGAGUAAAAACUGGGGAAAAUAUCUAAUGUUAAAAGAAGAGGCUAAACCCAACCUGAAGUCCAGUCUGAACCUGGUUCUGUGUGGGAGGAGAGGAGCAGGGAAGACGUCAGCAGCCAAGGCCAUUUUAGGUCAGACUGAGCUUCAUUCAGCCUCCAACUCAUCAGAGUGUGUUAAACAUCAGGGAGAGGUGUGUGGACGUUGGGUUUCCCUGGUGGAGCUGCCUGCCUUGUAUGGAAAACCUCAGGAGGCAGUGAUGGAGGAAUCACUCAGGUGUAUCUCCCUCUGUGAUCCUGAGGGUGUCCAUGCCUUCAUCCUGGUCCUACCUGUGGCUCCCCUCACUGAUGAAGACAAGGGAGAGUUAGAGACCAUCCAGGACACAUUCAGCUCUCGAGUCAAUGACUUCACCAUGAUUCUGUUCACUGUGGACUCAGAUCCUACAGAUCCAGCUGUUGGUAACUUUGUAAGACAAGACAAAGACAUCCAGAAGCUCUGUCAGACUUACAGAGGACGAUAUGUUGUUCUCAACAUUAAGAACAAACAGCAGAUUACAAAGAUGUUUGAGGUUGUGGACAAAAUUAGUGAGGCCACAAACAAACCACACUGUUAUACAAAGACAACAUUUCUACAUGCACAGAUGGACAAAGUCUUACAACAAGAUAAAUCCAUACAGAUGCAACAUGAUGAACUUGAGAAGCUGAAGACGAACAUGAUGACUUGUGAUGAAGGUGGAGAACAGGACUCAGACUGUCUCAGGAUUGUGCUGCUUGGGAAGACCGGCUGUGGAAAGAGCUCUACAGGAAACACCAUUUUAGGAAGAGACGAGUUUACAGCUAAAUCAGGCCAAAUAUAUGUCACACAUUGUUGUAAGAAGGCAGAGGGUGAGGUGGACGGUCGUCCUGUUGUUGUGGUCGACACUCCUGGUCUGUUUGACACAAGUUUGUCCAAUGAAGAAGUUCAAGAAGAGCUGGUGAAAUGUAUCAGCCAGCUGGCUCCAGGACCACAUGUCUUCUUGGUGGUGAUAGGGGUUGGUAGAUUCACAGCAGAGGAGAGAGAAACGAUCAGGCUCACUAAAAGAUUCUUUGGGAAGAACUCAGAAAAGUUCACCAUCGUUCUUUUCACCAGAGGAGACGAUCUGGAGCGUCAGGGAGAGUCUAUUGAUGAUUACAUCAAGAACAAAUGUCAUGAUUCCUUUAAGAAGCUGAUCUCUGACUGUGGAGGAAGAUACCAUGUGUUCAAUAACUCUGACAAGCAAAACCGCACACAAGUCAGUGAGCUGAUAGCAAAGAUUGACACCAUGAUGAAGGACAAUGGAGGAAACUUCUACACCAACGAGAUGCUGCAAGAGGCUGAAGCAGCAAUAAAGAAGGAAAUGCUGAGGAUCCUGAAGGAGAAGGAAGAAGAGAUGCAGAUGGAAAAGGAAGAGAUUGAAAGAAAACAUGAGCAAGAAAUGAAAGCAAUGAAAAGAAGAAUGGCAGAAGAGAGAGAAAAAAUAGAAAAGGAGAGAAAACAGAAAGCUGAAGAACUCGAGGAAAUGAUGAACAAAAUUAAGGAAGAACAAGAGAAGAAGAAAAAAGAAGAAGAAAUGAGAGAAAAGGAGGAAAAGAACACUGGAGAAGAAAGAUAUCGACAACAAUUAACAAUUCAAGAAGAACUUGAAAAGUUGGACAGACAAAUUCAGUUGGAAAAAGAGGCAAAGGAAAGUGUCGACAGACAGCUGGAAGAGACCAGAGAAGAGAUGCAACGAAAACAAGAAGCCUGGGAGAAAGAACAAAGAGAAGAGCGAGAGAAACAAAGACAAGAAGAUGAAAAGAGACGACAGGAGGAGGAAGAAAGAAUCGACAAACUGCUGGAAAGUUACAAACAAGAAAAAAUAAAAUACGAAAACAACAAAUUACAAGAGGAACAAAUAAGAAGAGAAAUGGAAAUAACAGAGAACAAUCAUCAGAAAACACUGGAGGACCUAAAGAAGAGCUAUGAAAGAAAAGCCAGACAGAAAGCAGAAGAGUUCAACGAAUCCCAAAAGAAACACAUGGAUGAAUUAAAUGCUCAGCGGGAAAAACACGUGAAGGAAAUGAACGACAAGGAAGAACGUCAAAAACAAUUAAGUGAACUGAUUCAAAAAAUCUUAAAUGAGGAGGCCAAUGACACAUCAGCCUGCAGCAUUUUGUGACGAGAAAUGAAUGAUUUCAGUUGUUUUUCUUUCAUUGUACUGGGAAAAAAAUGUUAAAGAAGCACCGAUUUGUUGUUCUGCAUGUUUUACGUGUUUGGGAUUUCCUCACAACAGCAAAUAAUUCUGGUGUGUCUAACCUGCCUUAAAUGUUUUAUCAUAAAGAAAGACGACACACA